UGCCUACUCCGCGGCCCAAGUUUCUGUUCCUAUCUAUCCUCUGGUCUCGGAGACCAACCCACAAGACAAUCCAAAACCCAUGGCGACUAUCGCCGCCGGUUUCGCGUCAAUAAUUGUCAACCUCAGGGCGUCGAAUCGCCGGACCUUAGCCGGCGCCCCGGUGUCCCUCGUGCGCUCGUUAGCAGCCUCCGCCCACUCUCUCAACAACAACAACCGGACGUCACAGCAGAGAAAGAGGUUUCAAUCCUCUGCUUUGGUAUCACCAGAUGUUACACCCUCAACUCCCGCUGCUUCCCCCAGUCGUUAUCCCGAAUAUCAUCGCUUGCUUCCUUGCCCCUCAGAAAAUCGUCCGCCACGAGUUGAGCACUUAGUUGUAUCUGUUGGAGGGCCUGUUCUGGAAUAUGUUUGUAAAGCUUUGGAUCUUCCUCCAUCGUAUGUUGCAGAUCUUAUCCAUUUUGGAGCCGUGUAUUAUGCCCUUGUAUGCCCUGAGCCGCCUCCAACUGCAACACCAGAAGAAAUUAGAAUAUUUAAGGAAGCUACAGCUCCAUCAGUUCUGAUGAAGAGAUCUUCCAUUAAAGGGAAAACUGUUCGAGAAGCUCAAAAAACUUUUCGAAUAACUCAUGUUAACGAGUUUGUUGAAGCUGGAACUUAUUUAAGGGUGCAUGUGCACCCAAAACGCUCCCCAAGGUGUUAUGAGAUUGACUGGAAAUCAAGAAUCAUUGCUGUAACUGAAUCCUACGUUGUUCUUGAUAAACCAGCGGGUACAUCGGUAGGAGGAACUACAGACAAUCUUGAAGAAAGUUGUGCAACCUUUGCUACUCGAGCCUUGGGAUUUACAGAGCCACUUAAAACUACCCAUCAGAUAGAUAAUUGCACUGAAGGCUGCCUUGUGUUAGCUAGAACGAAGGAGUAUUGUUCAGUAUUCCAUGGAAAGAUCAGAGACAAAAAGGUGAAGAAGUUGUAUCUAGCUCUUGCUGCUGCUCCUCUUCCUGUUGGAGUAAUUACCCACUAUAUGCGGCGUGUCAAUAUGGCUCCAAGACUUAUUUCGGAAGAAUUCAUUAAGGGAUGGCCCUUGUGCCAACUUGAGGUCUUGGAAUGCAAGAAGGUUCCAUGGCCAAACUCUGUAACCGAAGCGAAAUAUUGUGUUGAAGACUGUGGGUGGCCUUCGAAAGAUUUUGCAUAUGAAUGUAAAAUAAACCUUUUGACAGGUCGGACGCAUCAGAUUCGAGCACAAUUGGCCGCUUGUGGAGCGCCAAUAGUGGGUGACUCAAUGUACAUGCCUGCUGCAAUUGCGGAAAUGAUCAGUCCUGCAGUUAAUCCAUUUGGCAAGUACAAGCGUCAGUACCCAAUUGAGAAUGAUGAAGCAGUUUCUAUCCAGGAGCGUGUUGCAUAUCAUGGGAAGGAACCCAGUGUUGCUAUUGGUCUUCAAGCUUGUCAGAUUUCCUGGGAUGAUGGGGAGCACUUUUAUGAGGCUGGAUCACCCUGGUGGAGAUAGGAAGACCACAGAUGCACGUAUAGAGAAGGGCCACCUAGAAAAAUCACUUUCCAUAAUCAACAACAAACUCUUCAUGGCCACACUUGUUGGAGGAACCUCGUCAAAACUCAAGAAGGAAGUUAUUUUAGAACCAAAAGGAAUUUGCAGUGCUAUCCAGCACCACAGUUGAUUUAGGGGAUGCAGUGGCUCAGACUUGGUUCAACUGUCACCUGAAUUUACCAUAUCAUUUCAUGUGUCCGUAGAAGCAAAUGUUGACUCAAAAUGGUUAGAGGACAGCAUGUCAAAUGAAAAUGGGUUUGGGGAUGAGUGGCACAAUACAAUUGAAGUUCUUCUUACGCGUAUCUAUUCUUGUAGUCCUGAGGGUCUCUUUUAAGGGUGUUUAGACAAAAGAGUAAGUAAUGAUACUGAAGGAAUUGAUCGUUCAGUAAAAUUGUAUGGGCACCAAAGGGCAUAGAUGAUAGAACGUGCCGCAAGAUUGAUUUUUUAAGAAAGAAGUGAAUGAUAAUUUGCAUUUUGCCUUCA